AUGCCGGCUUCACCGAAGCUUCGACCUAGACGCGACCUCCCGCACAUCACCCUAGAACAUGCAAUACUACUACUAUGUUUUUGUUAUUUCGCAAUCUACGAUACACGGGAGCAAUAUGACCUAAGCUUCUUGGAAGACAACGACGAAGACAUUAUCCCAAAGACAGAUCGUAACAUUUCUUACUCUGGUUCUUUGAGGCAACAUAGAAGUUCAAAUUGGGAUCAUCGAGGAACCUCUACAUCGGGAGCAAUGGACGGACUCGUCCACAUUGAAGAGCAAGAGGGGUCGCACCCGCUCCUCCAAAUCAUAUCACAUGCAGAACAGGAGUGGAAGAAUUUGAUGGACGCUCGACCUUCAAGCUUGAAAGAGGCAUAUGAUACCUAUCAUCGAGCAUAUGGAAGACCACCGCCAUCCUCUUAUCCGAUAUUUUUUGAUAUACUACCUCGCCAGUGCCCAAUGCCUUCUUUGGAUUCUAUAAACCUUUACAAGCCUAUUCCCCCGAGACUAUUACGGAAAACACAAGCUAGUCUCGAAGGCUCACCCAUGACAACCACUAUGAUCAUUCGCAAAGGCAGGGUUGGAAGUGGCAUGACAGAUAGUGAUCGUGGUUUAUUCUAUGCCAGGACUGUAUCGCAGCCACUCGCCAAUCUACUAUCAGAAAUAACGGAGCCACUAAAUCCAUUCCCAGCUAAACUCAGAGCGGAUAUGGACGACCUCUCGCGACUAGGAGAGGAAUUCGACGACAAUGAAGGUUUGGGAGAAGAAGAUACGAGUGGAUUCUACGAUUUUCGUGACUGGAUGGAUGCCUGUGCCCGUGAGGACCCUGUUCAGAUGGAAGUUCAGGAUCUAGACACUACUGACGGUAUUAAAUUCAUUCGUGAACCCGGUCCACUGUCACCUUGUCGGCACCCUGACCUACUUUUACUGUCUGAUUAUUUCGCCGGACCAGCUCCUGAAUAUGGUAUUCUACAUCCUAUUUUCGCAUUUUCACGGACAGCUCUUCAUGGUGAUAUCCUACUUCCAAGGCCAGGUGAGACCCAGCCCCGCGCCAGUAAGAAAGAAUGGGAUCAAAAGCAGAAUGCUGUAUAUUGG